AAAAUAAUUAACAUGUGAAAUCCUACUCAUGGUACAUCUAGUUUUAAAACACAAAGCAUGUUUUUCAUUUCAAUGGCACUUUAAAUAAAUAAGAUAACCCAUCACCUAUAUACAUUAGAUACAUGUAAACGUUAUAUAUCUUACUUCAAUAGCCACAUAUCUACGUUGUUGCAAUUACUUUACUGUUACUUUACCGAAACAGACUUUAUGUAUUUAAAGAUGUAGUUAUUUACGAUAUCAAAAAUAUUUGAUAUCAACAAAUAUACCGGAAUACAACUUUGUAAAUGAACCAUAUUAGUCCAGUAAUGCUUGUUUUGAUUUCUAUGCUCUACUUUGUGUCUGUAGUAAACGCUGACCAUCAUAUACGGUAUGCGGAACUGCACAGUAAUGAUUUUCUGGAACACGGGUUGGACGAAGGUUGGCUAACCAUUAAUGCCUCCUCUAACUGGAUUAUCAAGUUAUAUGCACUCAAUGAUGAAUGCUGGAAGUGUCCAUUUGUUCACGUGACUACAAUACCAGAUACAGCUUCCCAAAUGACUUUACCAGUUAAUACUACUUUUGGAACUACUAUUGUCUUAAAACGAAAACACCCUAGUAAAGAUAUCGAGGAAGAUUUCUGCAGGUUUCAUAAGAAAUUUACAGAAGGAGGGAAUUACUGGUUGUUUGUAGAUGAUGAAACAUACAAGUCAGAAGAAUGUGACGUUCUCCUUAUUAACCAUCCAUUACCUGCUGAAAUGCCAAUUCUUUACGUGUUCCUGGUUCUAUGUGCAUUGCCAGUUCUAAUCGUUCUAGCAAAAUUCGUUUUUGGAAAAGCAAGGAAAAGUUCAUCAUUAGAUGUAACCGAACCAUCGACUAAAUCGAAGAAGGAUCUGAAAUUAUCGAGUCAUCACACAAAGAGUCAGGCACAAGACAAUGGGCAAACGACAGAAGUUGAAAUACAACCAGAGGAAUCUUCGUCUACCAAAGAUCAUAAGAGAACCCGUUUGAAAUCAUUGGAUACGUUUAGAGGAUUAAGCUUGGUUGUAAUGAUUUUUGUAAACUAUGGUGGAGGAGGGUACUGGUUCUUUGACCACCCGCCAUGGAAUGGUCUGACAGUAGCAGAUUUAGUGUUUCCUUGGUUUAUUUUCAUAAUGGGAACUUCAAUGAAUUUUUCGUUUAAAGGGAUGAUCAGACGGAAUAAUACAAAAUGUCAGAUAUUACUGAAAAUAAUCAAACGAUCUGCGCUUUUGUUUGCCUUCGGUAUUAUUCUUAACACUAAUUGGGGACCUGUCGACUUGGAACAUAUUCGGAUUCCUGGUGUUUUACAAAGAUUCAGUUUGACGUACCUUGUGUUAGCUAUAAUAGAGUUAAUAUUCAUAAGAAAUUACAAUAUUCCAAAGGAAAGAAGUUGUGCUCCACUGAAUGAUAUCUUAUCUUUGGCACCGCAGUGGAUCAUUUCCCUUGGUAUUCUCGCAGCUUAUGUUGGACUCACACUCAAGCUAGAGUUUCCAGGAUGUCCAACUGGUUAUAUUGGACCUGGUGGGUUACAUGAUGGUGGAAAACAUUACAACUGUACCGGAGGGGCGGCACAAUAUAUAGAUGUAUUAGUGCUUGGUAAAAAUCAUAUCUAUGGCAAUCCAACUCCUAAGAAGAUAUACCAAACUACUGCACCACAUGAUCCUGAAGGAAUUCUGGGAACUUUGACGUCUAUAUUUCUUUGUUUUUUGGGGUUACAGGCUGGCAGAAUACUGAUUUGUUUUCAAUCACAUAAAGAAAGAAUCAUCAGGUGGAUUAUAUGGGGUGUAUUAACAGGAGUUGUCGGUGCGGUGUUAUGCAAAGGGUCACAAAAUGAUGGAUGGGUUCCUUUAAACAAAAAUCUUUGGUCAAUAUCCUUCAUCUUAGUGACAGCAUCAUUUGCCUUUCUGUUAUUAUCAGCAAUGUACAUUACAAUAGACAUCUUGAAAAUAUGGGAAGGAGACCCAUUUAUUUAUCCUGGAAUGAAUUCUAUAGUGGUUUACUGUUGCCAUGACAUUUUCUACAGAUUUUUCCCAGUGAACUGGCAGAUCCAUGAUGAUCAUUUAAGUCUUCUAUUGAAGGCUGUAUGGGAUACGUCAAUAUAUGUUGUGCUUGCUUAUGUGAUGUUCAAAAAGAAAAUAUUUGUGGCACUCUAAACAGCUACAUGACAUCUUUGACAACAACACAGUCUACAAAUUCAACUCAUUCAUUUGAUUAUAUUUGCAGAACUUUGUUCAUAUAUAGUUUGUGUCAGUCUUUUAUUAGUAUUGGCAUUAAUAAAAGUAUUCAAUUUUCA